AUGAAGAUUGUGGUGGAAGGCCCUCCGCAGGGCGGUAAGACAACUCUCGCGUCUGUGGUGAAGGAGCGCUACGGCCUCUGCUAUGUGUCCACGAGCGAGGCCGUGCGAAAUGCCGUGCACUUUGGCAAUAGUACUUACAGCUCGCAACUGAAGCAUCUGAUCGAUAACGACCAGCACAUUUCUGACUCGCUUCUUGUGAAGGUUGUCAGCGAGGCUACGAGGCGGCCGGACUGCAUCAAUGGCUUCGUACUGGACGGCUUCCCGUGCACCCGCAAGCAGUCGAAGCUGAUGCAGGAUUUGGAGAACGUGAAAGUCGAUAGAGUGGUCGUGUUGGACAUUACAGAUAAUGAGCUACUGACUCGUUUCGGCGGCCGCUGGUACCACCUCAAGUCAGGACGCGUCUAUCACACACUCUACAACCCACCCCUGACGGCAGGCAAGGACGAUGACACUGGCGAGCCGCUGGAGCAGCACACAGAGGACAAACCGGAGGUCAUUGUGCAGCGCAUGUUUCAGUAUCGCCGGCAGCUUAGUGAACUGCGGAAGACCUUUGCAAAUGAUGCGUGGCUGACUGUGGAGGCAAGCGGCAAUGUAGAGUCUGUACGAAACAACGUCUUCGCGGUACUGGACCCUUUGUAUUUUGCCCAGACCGCGAAGAAGGCCAAGAAGCCGUGGUGGAAGCUCUGGUGA